CUGAUAGACGGCACUGACUGGCAUCACUGCUGGGCACUGACUGGUGGCACUGACUGGCACAACCCCUGGGCACUGACUGGUGGCACUGACUGGCAGCACUGGUGGGUGGCACUGGUGGGUGGCACUGGUGGGUGGCACUGCAGAGUGGCACAGGUGGGUGCACUGCUGCUGGCACAGGUGGGCGGAGCUUGCGGGUGGCACUGCUGGGCCCCGAUCAUCAGGGCACUGAUCAUCAGUGCCCUGAUGAUCGGUGCCGAUCCCCGCUCUGACAACUGCCGGUUCUCGGCAGUACUUUCCUCACGAUCUGACAGCGUGAGGAAAGUGCAGCCGAGAACCGGCACUUGC